GAAAAUCAGCCAUAAGCUUGUCUGUGGUGCAUGUAUAUAAAGGCAGUCUUUAACACAAGAGUCGAUCUGGAGGAUAACCUCACGCCCAGCAUCAGGCUUCAGAACCGUCGCUACUGUGAAACAAACAGAAUGGGAUCUUGUAAGCUGGCCCUGCUGCUGGUCCUGGUGUCCUGCAUAGAGCGCUGCCUGUCCGCCUCCUGCGUCGUUGAUAGCUUCACAGUGAAGGAGGACUUUGACCCCAAGAGGUAUGCUGGGAAGUGGUAUGCGCUGCAAAAGAAGGACCCCGAGGGCCUGUUCCUGCAGGACAACAUCUCUGCUGAGUACACCAUCGAUGAUGAUGGCUCCAUGACGGCCUCUUCCAAGGGACGCGUCACUCUGUUUGGUUUCUGGGUGGUGUGUGCCGACAUGGCCGCGCAGUACUCCGUCCCUGACCCCGCUACCCCCGCCAAGAUGUUCAUGAACUACCAGGGACUGGCCAGCUAUCUGUCCAGCGGAGGCGACAACUACUGGGUGAUCGACACCGAUUACGACAAUUACGCAAUCACCUACGCCUGCCGCACCCUAAAAGACGACGGCAGCUGCGAGGACGGCUACGCCAUCAUCUUCUCCAGGAACCCCCGCGGCCUGCCCCCGGCCAUCCAGCGCACCGUCCGCCAGAAACAGGAGGACAUCUGCAUGGCGGGACAGUUCCAGCCCGUCCUGCAGUCAGGAGCCUGCUAAACGGGAGCAGAGACAGGAGAGCAGCAGUGUG